CCUGGUCACUCGCUGAAACCUCCUUGCUCACUGGGCUGGAAUUCGGCCGCUCCCUCCCCGCGGGCUUCGCUAAGCAGUGGCUCCUGGAUCAGCAGGUACUAAAACAAAGGAUUUUGGCUAUACUCAAUAUACUCUAGAUCAAGAUGAAUAAACAGGCAACAAGAAGUAAAGAAUACAUGAUAGUUUUUAAGGAAAUAGAAAAUUUAAUUUUGAAUCAGAUGCCAAGAGCCGAAUAUACAAGUUUAUUCAAUGAUUUUAUUGAAUCUGAAUUUUUUCUGAUUGAUGGAGAUUCAUUACUUAUCACAUGUGUAUGUGAUAUAUCACUAAAGCCAGGGCAGACCCUCCACUUCUUCUAUCUGGUUGAACAUUAUCUUGCAGAUCUUAUUGGUAAAGGAGGGCAAUUUGCCAUAGUUUUCUUCAAGGAGGCUGAAUAUGCCUAUUUGAAGUUUCCUGAACUUCUUUCUUUGAGAACUGCUUUAAUUCUUCAUCUGGAAUGUAAUACUACCCUUGAUGUUCAAACUAACAUUUCUGGAUGCUUAUCACGAGAGUGGACAACUUACUUGGGUGAUCGUGACCCAUAUUUUGUCAUAGUUGCAGAUCAAGGCAUAAACAAUGAACAAACAAAUCUUUUCAACUUUUUAAUCAUUCAGUCUUGGAUAAUGAACAUCAAUGCUGUACUUUCAUCCGGACAAGAAUCAAAUGUUCUUAGACUUUAUGCAUAUUUUAUGCCAAGUAAUUUGUUUGCUCGCAAGUUUUAUUAUGAAAAUCGAAAGAAGAUUACAGGUGCUUAUAAAACCCUGAUCAAGAAAUUACAAUCUUUUAGAGAUUUAACAUCACAGUCUGUUUUUAAAAGUUUUAAAUGGGAAGAUAUGAUGAAUGAGGCAUAUGGAACUAUUUCUCUGCUGACGGAACUUUGGCCAGAAGGAUCUGACAUUCGGCGGGUCCUUUGUGUCACUGCAUGCUCUUUGUCUUUGAAAAUGUAUCAACACUUUUUAGAAUCCAGAAAGAAGACUCCUCCUGAUCACAAAACUGAGAAAAAGGUACAAAGCAAUUGUGCAACGCUGCAAGAGGUGGAAGAUUUAUGUAAACUGCAUUGUCUUAGUGUAGUUCUUCAGCUGCACUUACCUCUUUCUCAAAGAGCUUGUGGUAGAGUCAUCACUUCUUGUUGGAACAAGAGCAUUCUUACAUUCUUAAGAAUGAAAAGAUGGUGUGAAUAUUUUAUCCUUAGUAAUAUAAAUAAAUUUGACUUUUGGAAUCUGAAUUUAACUCAUCUCUCUGACUUAAGUGAUGAUCUCUUGUUGAAGAAUAUUGCUUUUUACUAUGAAAAUGAAAGUGUUGAAGACCUGCAUUCGAAUUUGGGACAUGUCAUUAUGAAGGAUUAUGAGAAUCUCUGGAAUACAGUAUCAAAGUUAGUAAUUCAGUUUGAUGUUGGAAAGCCGUCGCCUCUGAGAACCACACAUCUUCCUUUCCUACAGAAAGAACCAUUAGCAGUCAUGGGAAAAAUCUCUGAGGAGAAGAUGCCCAAUUUGGGUUUUAUUCCGGUGUCAUCUGAGUUGGUUGAUAACUUUGUUGGAGACUUAUUGAAAGAUUUCCCUUUCCUAAAGCGUGACGAUCCCAUUGUAACAUCACUGGUUAAACAAAAGGAAUUUGAUGAACUGCUGCAUUGGCAUUCUCUCAGACCUCUUAGUGAUGAUUAUGACAGGACAAAGAGUUCAAUUCCAGAGAAUCCUAACGAUCUGUACUAUCUUAGAAGUUACCAAAAAUAUAUUGUAUUUCAACGGUUUUAUGGAAGUUCAUUGGAAUCAGCUCCUUCAAAACUCAUUAUAACUGAAACUGCCAAGAAAAGGAAUUUUGGGUCACCCAAGAGCAAAAAGGCACAUACCAAGGCUGAAAUAAUUACUAGAGAGAAUGAGAAAAGGUUAUUUGCCAAGAAAGAACAAAAAGAAGAGCAAAAGUGGAAUGUUUUAUCAGUUUCUAUUGAAGAGGAGAUGAAGAAGAAUUUAAACUCUGGAAUACAGAACCUGGAAGAUUUUUUGAAAUCAUGUGAAAGUAAUUCAGUGAAAUUUCGAGCUGAAAUGGCAGGGUUGACCACAUGCUUCAGAGAAUGGAAAGAGCAUUGUAAAGGGGAAGGUAAAAUAAAAAAAGAUUUAAACAUAGCUGUUCAAAUGAUGAGAAGGAUUCACUCUUUGCUGGAAAAAUACCCAGAACUUUUGCACAAGGAAGAUCAAAAGCUCAUUGCCAGAUGUCUUAAAUAUUUAGGAUUUAAUGAAUUGUCAAGCUUUUUAUGUCCACCACAGGUUACAGGAGACAACAUAAAGGAAAAGAAAAAGAGUAAAUAUUCAGUUGGUAUUGGGCCAGUUCUGUUUCAACUACAACACAUGGGUCACUAUUUGAUUAGAAAUGAGAGAAAAGAUCCAGAUCCCAGAGUCCAGAAUUUUAUUCCUGACACAUGGCAGCGAGAGCUCCUGGAUAUUGUGGAUAAUAAUGAGUCAGCAGUAAUUGUUGCUCCAACGUCCUCAGGAAAAACCUAUGCCUCCUAUUACUGCAUGGAAAAAGUGUUGAAGGAGAGUGAUGAAGGGGUGGUUGUGUAUGUUGCACCAACAAAGGCCCUUGUUAAUCAAGUGGCAGCAACUGUUUUCCAUCGGUUUACCAAAAAUAUGCCAAGUGGUGAAGUUCUAUGUGGUGUCUUUACAAGGGAUUACCGUCAUGAUGCCCUAAAUUGUCAGGUACUUAUUACAGUGCCUGCCUGCCUUGAAAUUCUGCUGCUGUCUCCUCAUCGCCAAAAAUGGGCCAAAAGGAUCAGAUAUGUUAUAUUUGAUGAGGUCCAUUGUCUUGGUGGAGAAAUUGGAGCCGAAAUUUGGGAGCAUCUCCUUGUCAUGAUCCGUUGUCCCUUUUUGGCUCUUUCUGCUACCAUAAGUAACCCUGAACAUCUCACUGAGUGGCUACGCUCAGUAAAAUUGUACUGGAAAGAAGUAGACAGCAAGGUGGGAAAAGGGACCAUUUCUAAAAAAUGUACUGGCUCACGUGCCAGUUCUCACAAAGACGACGUGCGAGUGCGACAGUCAUAUAAUGUUAAACUUGUUAUUUAUGGAGAGAGAUAUAAUGAUUUAGAAAAGCAUAUUUGUUCAAUAAAAGAUGAUGACAUUCAUUUUGAUCAUUUUCAUCCUUGUGCCGCAAUAACAACAGAACAUAUUGAAAUGCAUGGAUUCCCUUCUGAUUUUACCCUUUCACCUAGAGAAGGCCUCCAGCUUUAUGACACUAUGUUUGAGUCCUGGAGAAGUUGGCCAAGGGCAAAGGAAUUGUGUCCAGAGAAUUUUAUUCAUUUUAAGAAUAAAAUAGUCAUUAAAAAGAUGGAUUUUAGAAAAUAUGAAGAGAGUUUAAAAGAAGAAUUAACAAGCUGGAUUAAAAAUGGCAAUACAAAGGAGGCCAAAUUGGUUCUGAGAAAACUUAGACCUCCUUCAGUUUUGAAUUCAACAAACUCAUUAGAAAAUUUUCCUCUUUUUAUUGAAAAGUUAAGGGAAAUGGAUAAGUUACCUGCAGUAGUUUUUAUGUUUAGAUUAGAUUUUGUAGAAGAUAGUGCAAAUGAGUUGCGUGAAUAUUUGGAGAAAAAACAGGAGGAAAAAUGCUCUCCCAAAGCUGAUAAGGAAGUAUAUGAUGUGACUAACAAACUUCAAAAAGUGAAAAAAUCAAUUGAGAAACAAAAGGCAAUAGAGGAAAGAAGUAAGAAAAAGCCCAGAGAAAUGAAUCAAAGCUUCAUACGUGAAGCUCAACAUAAUAAUCUACUCAAGAUUCUAGAGAAGAACCUGGCGAUUCCUCAAGAUUGCACAUACGCUGAUCAAAAAGCAUCUGUGGAUACUGAGUCUUUGGAGAUGGUGGUAAGACGAGUAAGAUUCUCAAGAAAAGGUGAAGAAUUAAAAGCUUUAGCAAAACGGGGUAUUGGCUAUCACCACAGAGCUAUGGAUGCCAAAGAAAAACAGCUUGUUGAGAUUCUGUUUAGAAAAGGGUAUAUCAAGGUAGUGACAGCUACAGGGACACUUGCUUUAGGAAUCAACAUGCCUUGUAAAUCUGUGGUUUUUGCCCACAAUUCAAUAUAUCUGGAUGCUUUAAACUAUAGACAGAUGUCUGGACGUGCUGGAAGACGGGGCCAAGACCUGCAUGGAGAUGUUUUUUUCUUAAAUAUUCCAUUUUCCAAAAUAGAAAAACUCAUAAAAUCUAAAGUCCCUGAACUGAAAGGGCAGUUUCCCUUCAACAUAAGUCUGGUCCUGCGACUCAUGCUCCUGACUUCCCGGGGUGAUGAUCCAGAGGAUGCCAAGGCCAAGGUGCUAUCAGUGCUAAAGCAUCCAUUGAUAACAUUCAAGAAACCCAAAUUUCAGAACAUGUUAAAGCUUUACUUCUUGUUUUCCUUGCAGUUCUUAGUGAAAGAGGGGUAUUUAGAUCAAGAAGGCAAUCCAAUGGGAUUUGCUGGAUUGGUUUCACACUUGCAUUAUCAUGAGCCUUCAAAUCUUGUUUUUGUCCAUUUUUUGGUAAGAGGACUUUUUCAUAAUCUCUGUCAGCCAACCAUAAAAGGCACAAAAUCUUUUUCUCAAGAUAUCAUGGAAAAGCUGGUCUUAGUAUUGUGCCAUCUGUUUGGAAGACACUAUCUCCCAGCAAAGUUUCGAGAGGGUGAUCACAAGUUUUUUCAAUCAAAGGUUUUCCUGGAAGAUCUCCCUGAGGAUUUUAAUGCUGCUUUAGAAGAGUAUAACAAUAAUGUUACAAAGGAUUUUGCCUCCUUUCUACUAAUUGUUUCCACAUUAGCUGAUAUGAAGCAGGAAUAUCAACUUCCAUUGUCAAAAAUAGAUUUCUCAGGGAAAGAAUGUGAUGAUUCCCAGCUGGUGUCACACUUGAUGAACUGCAAAGAAGGAAAAGUGGCCAUUUCUCCAUUUGUUUGUCUCUCUGGGAACACUGAUAGUGUUCUGCUUCAACCAGCAACUUCAGACAAUGUCAUUCUGCGCACAGUUAAUAUCAGUUACUCUCAAGCUCCUAUACUGAAAAAACACAAAUUUGAUAACCAAGGAAGACUAAUGCCCCUUAAUUCUUAUGCACUUGAUUUUUAUAAGCAUGGAUCCUUGAAAGGAUUAGCCCAGGACAACGGGCUGAAUGAAGGAGAUGCUUAUUUGCUGUUGAAAGAUUUUAUGCUCACCAUUGAAAGUAUCAGUGUUUCCUUGCGUGAGCUGUGUGAAGAUGAGGAAGACAGUGUGGUGUUGGCAUUUGAACAACUGAGUGAAACUUAUGCAGAAAAAUUUAAUAAAGUCUGAAGAAAAAGUUUAUUUAAGCCAUUUAAAACAUGCCUGGAGGCCUUUUCAGUUCAUAUUUGGUGAAUCAUUUGUUUUUAAAUGCAAGUAUGAUGCAGAGGAAAGAGCAAGUGUUUUGCAAUCCAAGUUGUGAUCAAGUCAUUCAUUUUUCUCUUAUGGGUACUCAAAUAAAUUAUUUCAUGUCUCUGAGUCUGGUUUUACUAUAAAUUUGAGUAAUGAUAUUGAUACUUUAGCUAGUUUCUAUGUUGAGAAAAUGCAACUAUGUCGUGUCUAAAGAGUGUUUCCUACUUUACAAAAUCUAAGAAAAUAUUUCAUUUAUGAACAUUAUCCUCUAGGUGUUUGAAAAUAUUAAGUAUGUAAUUAUCUACAUUUGAUUACAUCACUUAGAUAUAUCAUCUUUAUUAUUGUAUAUUUUAUUAAAUGAAACCUAUGGGGCUGGAGUGAUAAUACAGUGGGUUGGGUGUUUGCCUUAAGCACAGCUGACCUGGGUUCAAUUCCCAGCAUCUCAUAUAGUCUCCCGAGUAUCAGCAGAAGUAAUUCCUGAGUGUCAAGCCAGGAGUAUGCCCUGUGCAUCGCCAGGUGUGACAUGUGGGAAGCUGGCCCUUUAACUGACCAAGAGCCUACGUGCCUGUGCGGCUGACCUGACCUAUGUGACCCUCAGCAGGUGAAGCCUGUGGUAUGGCUAUCUUGACCUACGUGACCCUCAGCAGGUCAAGCCUGUGCUAGGUAGGGCUAUCCUGACCUACGUGAUCCUCAGCAGGUAAAGUCUGUGCUUUGUAUGGUUAUCCUGAGAAAACAAUUGUCAUGGCUGUAACUGACAAUGAUUAACUUAUUAUAAGCCUUGUAAUGCAUGGUAUGUUAAACUUAUAGACUCUGUAACUUUCCUAACCACAUUUUGAGCACGACCCUUUGUGUAGCUGCCUCACUAUAUAUACCCCCAUCACCCUCAAUAAAGCCUGUCCCUUUUC